UCGCCCGCUCGCUACAAGAACACACCAUUCAUUCGCCUCGACCGACGGCGACGACGACGAGACAUUGAUCAUCAUGCGCCUCCACGCCACGAUGACGAUCACCGUGCUGUGCCUGCUCCUCUUCUCCGGCCGCCUCGCCGCGGCGAGCAAGUCCUUCGGCGGCGGCGGCGGCGGCUACGGGGAGAGACCGGCGGCGGCGGAACCGCCCCCGGAGAAGGCUUACGUUAACGCCCCGGAGGAGCCGGCGACGCCGUCGUCGUCCGAUGAGUCGGCAUCAUCAUCGUCUACUACCUCGUCGUCCGGCUCCAGCGGUGGCGGAGGAUACGGCGGUGGGCUGGACCCCGCCGGCGAGCCGGAGAACGGGAUGAACCAGAAGGCCAUCGACGACAUCCUCAGGGAGCACAACCUGUUCCGGGCCAAGGAGCACGUGCCGCCGCUGGCGUGGAACGAGACGCUGGCCAAGUUCUCGCAGCAGUACGCGGAGACGCUCAAGGGCCCCUGCAAGCCCGUGCACUCGACGUCGCCCUACGGCGAGAACCUCAUGUUCGGCACCGGCGGCAUCACCUGGAAGACCACCGUCGACGAGUGGAGCAACGAGAAGAAGAGCUACCACUACGGCUCCAACACCUGCGACCCCGGCAAGAUGUGCGGCCACUACACCGCCGUCGUCUGGAAGAGCACCACCACCGUCGGAUGCGGACGCGUCAAGUGCAACGACGGCGACACCAUGAUCAUGUGCAGCUACUGGCCGCCGGGCAACUACGACGGCGUCAAGCCAUUCUGAAUUUCUCAUCGAUCCAUCCAUCAUCUCCUCUUCUGAAUAUAUACAUGUAUAUAUAAUCCACCCACAUUAUCCAUCAUACUCAUCAUCACCUCCUACACUAAACAUUAUUAUUCUUAUCAAUUUGAACUACCAGCAAUAUGAUAUUCCGAUUGGUCGACGAAU